GCUUUUUGGAAAGAAAUUAGGAAUUGGUUUUUUAAUUUAAUUACUUUGAACUUUAUUAAAAAUGCUACUACAUGAUUGAAAGUUCAAACUAUGUCGAAUCAAUACAGUUAUUUUUUAAUGAUUGUUUAUCUUCUCUGAGAAACAUGCUAUAUAAAAAAUCUCGAGAAUGAAAACCUACAAGGUUGUUGAAGUGGACGGUUUCAAGCUGCCACCUAGCUUCGAUGCUGAUGUAUUCAGAGCUGCCUGCAGACAUAAACCUAAGGAAGGAGAUGUAGUCAUCGCUACUUAUCCAAAAUGUGGCACUACCUGGACCAUACAAAUAGUUUCCUUGAUCUUGCAAGGAGGGAAGCCUCCCACCACAGCUGAAGAGUACUUCAAGUCGAAUUUAUUUAUGGAAAUGACAAAUUUAGAGAAAAUAGAGAAUAAAGACAAGUCUUGCAUUCUGAAAACCCACUUGCCAUUUGACCGAAUCAAUUUCUCUCCCGAAGCUAAGUAUAUCUAUGUCGCUAGGUUGCCCUCCGACUGCGUAGUCUCUUUUUACCACCAUGUCAGAUUCUUUCCGAUCUACUGUUUCUCUGACGGUACAUUCGAUGAUUUCUUCGAACUUUUUAUCAGAGGUCAAGUUGAUUUUGAAGAUUACUUCGACAACGUGCUUUCUUGGUAUGAACAAAAAGAUAAACCAAAUGUUAUGUUCUUGACUUACGAGGCGAUGAAGCAAGACACCAAGGGAGCGAUACUUAAAAUCGCAAAAUUCCUUGGCGAAGAUUAUUACAACAGUUUAAUAGCUGAUGAUGGGAAAGUUUUGAAUGAUGUGUUAAAAUACAGUAGUUUUGAUUUCAUGAAAGAAACUAUUGGGACUUUUUGGAAUGAUGGUUUUACGGGCGCUACGCCUAAAGAAUUUGUUGAAGGCAGUGUGGUGAUGAAAAAUUAUGCAAAGCUUAUGGAAGAUGCCGCAAAAGAGGGACACUCGUCAGUUGGAAGUUUUGUUAGGAAGGGCAAAGUUGGGGAAGGGAAAAUACUUCUUUCAGAAGAACAGAAGAAACGCCUGGAUGCUAGAACGAAAGAAAAGUGGGGAAAUUCUGAUGUUUUAAAAUUAUGGCAAAAUGUGGUAGAUGAAAGCGUUUCAGGAUAAAAUCUUCCGCAGCAUUUGUUAGAAAAUUAGGAAUUCAUUGGUUAUGAAGAAUCCAUUUUGCAGUGAGAAGAAGUGGAGAAAUCUCAAAGGGCAGAGAUUCGCGAUUAACCUAAAUUACGAUCUUUGACUUUUAGCGAAAAGGGAUAUCCAUUGUAUCAAAACAAACACUUUUGAUUAAAAGAUGGAAGAUUUGUUCCUGGUUCGUGAUUUCACCGCAUUGGAUUCGCAGGAAACAAUAAUAUAAGGCACAGUUUGUAUUUGUGUGACUGAUUUGUGAAACGUUUCUGAUCUGAUGAAAACUUUAAAUUCAUUACAAACUCUUUGUUCAUUGCAAAAAAAAAAAGAAAAAAAAAAAGAACUU